AAAAAAAGGGACAAAGUAAAAGGACACCCCAAGGUGACUGGCAGUAAAUGGGUGGCUGCUACCUCUGUUACCAAAAUCAAGCCUCCAAUCUCUAUGCCAUGUGCAUACCUGGACAAGCAGCUUGGUUCCACCUGCAGCCUUGUGUCCCUUUCCUGCUCUUUAGAAGGUAACUGUUUCAGGAAGAAAGCUCUGCACGUGUUAGCGACGCCAAGCAGCCCUGUGAGGAAAGGGCUCCAACUGGAGUGGCCCCAUUAGAGGGGAACCGGCAUGGGGCAGGGCUGCUGUGCAGCCUGGGGAGAUUCAGUUCACCUCUCUGGGCCUCCAGUUUUUCAGUGUUAUCUGGGGGUAAGGAUAGCUGCCCAUUGCAUGAUUGGAAUAAUCACAUUUAUCCUAUAUAAACAACCAACAGGGACUUGACUCUUACCUGCCCACUCCUUGCAGUAGGGAUUUGAGGAAAUAUCUGCCUCUUGACCUGGACAGGUGUGGAUGAAGGCCAGACUGUAGGGAGGACCCACUGAGAGUAAGGCAGUGAAUGUCCUCUGCAAACUGCGCCAUGCUGGACCUCCCUGGAACAUUCCUGACCUGUGAAGAAUAUGUGCCAGCACUUGUGUUUUUCAUUCACAGCUGCAGUGACCCUAAAUUCCUCAAAUUUCCUGAGUGCAAGGCCAUGGCUCAGAAAAGCCCUGUGGACAACGCCAUUAAUCUCCCCUACAAGGACCUGACCUCCGAGGUGACCAGGCGCAGAGUCAUCAUGACCACCAGAAAAGAGAUAAUCACCCAGAAAAGUGAUGAAGCUAAGAUGCUCUCCCACUUGGAUUGGGAACAAGCCCCUCCCCCUCACAGGACCCACCUCAGAGUACCUCCUGCCCCACCUCCCUCUCCAGCUGAGGAUCCCACGGACUCCUAAGAUAAAAACCUUAAGUUACUUUGAAAUGAAUUCUUACACAGAACUCCAGAAAAUAGUUUCAAUGGUGUUCUUGAGGUUUGUCUUAGAAGACUCUUGAAGAUCUUUGUUCUUUCCUAUUUUUCUUCAUCACCUAGAAUUACCAUACAGCACGGUUUACCCUUGUGAAUAUACUUAGUCAUUUUGAUUUUUCAAGCCAAGUCUCUGAUACAAUAUGCAUAGACUUUGAUCUUUAAUAUACGUCAUGUUAUAGAACUAUUGCCGUAGUCAGUUAUAUUUAAAUUAAUAAAGAAUUAUCACGCCUUGUUGUUUAUUACUGAUUCUGAAUCCAUGAAAAGGCCAGGGCUUUAAAGUUCAGAAUUUAAAGAUCUUAGGUAGUGGGAACCCCGAGGUAGCUGGAUUUUCAAAACACAACCCAAGACACUACAGUCAUGUGGCCCUGUAACUAACUAGCUUAAUGGAGCAGCAUUUCCAUGCUGUGUGCUGGGGCUAGGGUGGUUGAGUUUUAUGUUUAUUGACAAUGUUUUUAAAGUUUGCUUCUGGGAGAUUUCAAGUGAUUUUUAAACUCUGUAACGGGAAACUCUACCCUGAAAAGCAGCCAAGUGCAGAGUAGUUCUGCUGGGGAGAAGUCUAUUGCUUGAGUCCCCUCCAAGCUCCUAGACCUCAGUGUACCUCUAAGGACUCCCAGAGCUCUUCUGAAUUGUUUGAAGGCAUCAAAAAUGUGAUAAUUCUGGCAUACAUACACAUGUAAGAAAGAGUCCUGCAUGCCAUCCUUUAUUUCAUCUGCUUCUUCCUAGAGAUGUUCUCUCUUCAGGCCUGCCCUUAUAAAUGUGC